AUGCCGGUGUGCGGUUCACUGAGUUGGACGGCUGAUCCUCUCAAUGAGAAAGAGCUGGCUUUUCUCAAAAAGGAUGGACAGCAUGAAGUUCGGAUCAACAAGCAACUCUCAACGCUGUGGAGUGCCCGCGAGCUCCUCGCCUUCGCGCAGAGCAGAUCUGCCGAGUUCGACGUCACCAAUGUGAUCACAAACUUGCACCGGGUUGCGAAGUCUGCGGAUCGUUGGCAGGUGAAGAGCGAUCCACGGUUGAAGGACCUUUUCCAGAGAGCGGUCGAGGCCGUGAGUGCGCCUGACGGAGCGUCUGUCCGAGAUAUAGCCAAGAUCCAGUGGGCCAUCGGACGCCUGCAGUUCCGAGAUUUCGCGGUUGAAGAAGGUAUGGCCGAUGCAAUAUUCUCCCGUUUGGAUCAGUUUGAACCUCAAGGCCUUUCCAAUAUUAUUUGGAGCUUUGGCUUUGCACCGCCGUCGGCACUUCUGUUGCAGGGGCUCCUGGAUGCAUUCUCUGCAAAAGUGGUUGAAAGCGACCCGCAGGCACUCAGCAACGUGGUUUGGUCUCUUGCAAAGCUUUCCUGCUGCCGCACUCCACUCCUGCACAGUGUCUCCCGGGUUGCUGUAGCAAAGCUGGAUGCAUUCGAUCCCCAGGGGCUUGCCAACAUUGCUUGGUCCUUUGCCACACUCCAGCACUCAGAUCCCACCUUGUUCUCCGGAAUCUGCGAAGCCUUUUGCUUUGGUGGUGCUGGCUGGGACCCACAAAACGUUUCGAACUUGAUAUGGUCCUGUGCGAAGAUUCAGUUCUCUUCAGAACCUAUGUUGGAUACAGCGGCCGGAGAGGCGACAUCAACGAUUGAUGGUUGGAGCUGCCAGGGCGUUGCGAACCUUCUCUGGGGCUUUGCAAAGCUUGCGUCCGUGAAGGCAGAUCUCUUUGACAAGGGCGCCCAGGUAGUGAAGCAGAAGUUGCGAAGGUUCUCCCCACAAAACUCAGCGAGCGUUGUUUGGGCAUUCGCCAAGCUGUCCCUGCUCACACGAGACCUGCUCGACCUGGUUGCGUCUGACGUCAUGCUCAAACAGGCGGAAUUCAAUCCGCAGCACGCUUCGUCCGUGAUGUGGGCAUGUGGGACUUCCAGCCAUUACCAUGCGAAGCUCUUGAGGGUUCUCAGCAACAAAGCAUCGGACAGGUCCGAGUUCAACUGUCAAGACUUGUCGAACUUUGCAUGGUCUUGUGCCAAGCUGCUGUGGGCAGAUGCUCCGCUCUUGGAAGCCUUGGCUGCGGAUGUUUGUGAGAAAGCCCAAAGCUUUCCUGCACAGAACCUCGCCAUGUCGGUCUGGUCUUUUGGAUGCCUCAGCUUCCGAAAGGAGCCGAUGAUGGCGGCCUUGAUGGCUCACAUGCCGAGCGUGCUCGGGGAGCUAGGACCCCAGGGCUUGGCGAAUGUGGCCAUGGGCUGUGCCAAACAGGUCUUUAAGAGCGAGGUCUUGGAGGAUCUUGCAGCAGCGGCUGCAGCAAACAUGAGGAGCUUCAGCAACCAGGAGUUCUCGAUGCUCCUUUGGUCCAUGGCGAAGUUGGCCCUGAAGAGCUCAGGCUUCAUCCGAGAGUCGGUGGCAGAAACGAAGGCGCGGAGGGAGGCCCUGAAUCCGCAAGAUCUCGCCGUCUUGGCCUGGGCCUUUGCUCAUCUUCAGGGUGGCCGUGAGUCGGAGGAGAUUCUUGAGGCCCUCGCUUGGGAGAUGACGAAGACGAAGAACGUUAGGGAUUUUUCGGCCCAAGAUUUGUCGAAUAUCUCCUGGGCCUACGCGACGGCCUGCCUUGAAAAUGCGGUGAUGAUGAGUGCGAUCUCGAUGGAAGCGAAGCAGAAGAUGGGGAGCUUUCAAGCGCAGGACCUGUCGAACAUGUGCUGGGCUUUUGCCAAGCUCGGUCUCACCGACGAGGGCCUCUUCGAUGCCAUGGCCAGGGCAGUGCAGGAGCGAGUUGCAACACUGCUCCCUCAGAACCUCUCGAUGGUCGCCUGGUCUUUUGCCAAACUCGGCCUGCUGAAUGAGGACAUGAUGGCUGCCAUCGCCAGGGAAGUGCUGCGGAAAAUCGAGGACUUGGACGGCCAGGCAACUGCCAACCUCGUCUGGUCUUGGGCCGUGCUGGGCCUACGCCAACCCUGGCUCCUCGAAGCUUUGAUGCGUCGGGCAUCGGUGCUCAUGGCAGCAUUCAGUCUGAGUGGCCUUGAGAUCGCCAACAUGGCUUGGGGACUUGGCCUCCUCGGCCUUCUGCGAAACCCCUCAGAGCCCUGGCUCUGCCAUGCCGCCAGCUGCUUCCUGGAGACGACUCGGGCCGCGCCUCCGGGAGCUUCCUGGGUGGACUUCGCCAACGUCUGCAAGGCCACUCCCCACGAGACAACUGGGGACCCCUCCCUUGUGGCUGUGGAGGGACGCUUCCGCGAGCGGUUCUUGGAGCCGGUCUUGGAGACCCUGCGGGGCCUCCAGAGAGCGGAGACCUCGGCGGAGGACUUGGAGUCUAAGGCGACCGAUUUGGGGCUCCGCAACUUGGGUCCAACGUACAGCGUGGAAGCCUUGCAAGCACUGGGCUUUCUGGAUGAGUCGGCGCCCGACCACGGCUGGGUGCGCGAGGCGCGGUGGCAAUGUCGGAGUGUGCUGAGAGAAUGGCAGAUCCCCGGUGUGCACAGCAUCGUCGCUUAUGCGAAGUGGAAGGUCGUGCAUCCGAGCGGCGUUGAGUGCGUGCUCCCGGGACGAGUCUUCGUCUCUGAGCCCCAGACUCAUGUAGAGUCCUUGGAGGAGCUGGCGACUUGGCUCAAGCCCUUUGCAGCUUGCGAGCGAUUUGCGGAGAGAAUGGCCUUGCUCGCACUGUUACGCUCCAUGUCUUCAACGCUCGAGCGGCAGCAGCUUGGGGAUUUCGAGGGCCACGUGAAGGUGUACCUCAGCCACGUACCGUCGCUCUGCACUCUUGGCAUGCUUUGCCAACUGUCGAGCCGCUGCCCACGUCUCUCCGUACGCUUUGCCUUCGACGAUGGGUGGCGAAGCUUCUGUGGCCUCCCGCGCUUCGAUUCGCGUCCAGCUCUGGGGCCUUCUCUGAGCGCCAGUCCGCAGUGA